AGUGACGCACUUCCGGCGGGGGAGGCAGCAUGGCGGAGGCGGCGGCGCCCGUGUCCGCAGAGGGGGCCGUACCGGCCAAGUCGUUCCUGGCCCUGGAACCGCGGCUGCAGCACGAGUUGCAGCAGAAGGUGCAGCGGGCCCGCAGCAGCCGGGCGGGCAAGGAGGAGCUGACACCAGGUGUAGUGUACGUGGGGCAUCUCCCGCGGGGGCUCUGUGAACCGCAGAUCCAGGAGUACUUUGAGCAGUUCGGGAAGGUGACACGGCUCAGGCUCUCAAGGAGUAAGAAGACUGGAGCUACCAAAGGCUACGGGUUUAUAGAGUUUGAGUCCGAUGAUGUGGCUAAGAUUGUGGCUGACACCAUGAACAACUACCUCUUUUCUGAAAGGCUGCUGAAGUGUCAGUUCAUGUCUCCUGAAAGGGUCCAUGAAAACCUCUUCAAAAACUGUAAGAGAAUGUUUCUGAAGCCUUCUCAGCCAGCAGUCAGGCGGUACAAUAAGAUUCGCUCACUUGUUCAGAAGGCGAAGAUGACAAAGAGACUGCUGCGAAAGGAGAAGCUUUUACGGAAGAGGCUGGCUGAGAAGGGGCUCGAUUAUGACUUCCCAGGAUUUGCUGCACAGGAUCUUUCCAGAAUGAGAGGAAAGCAUAAAACAUCCAAGAAAUCAAAGCUGAACGUUUCUUUGAGCAGCCAGGAUCCUACUCCAGUCUGUACACCAACAGUGCUCGAGCGCCGUAAAGCUUCCCAGGCAGAUGAUGACACAGAGGACAGUGAAAUAACUCUCAAACUACCCCCUGCCGACAUUAAGAAUGCUGCGCAGAGACCAAAGAAGAAGCCAAGAACACACCUACCUGAAGAAACAGAAAUAGACUUAAAAUGUUGAUGGCUGUAGCCGUGUUUUUCCUCAACUCGAAAACUGGUGAGAUGGAGCUCAUGAAGGUUCUGCUGCCUUGGCUUAGUUCCUCUUGACUAGACUGUUUCAGUCUUUCCCAGGCAAGGAAUCUUCAUAAAUCCUCCCCCUCCUGUUCAGGCAUCAGUGGGCCUAUGGGCUUGCCUCUGUGCUCACAAGUGCCCGUGCUAGGACACACCUGCAGUUGUGCCAGAACCUUCAGUUGAUUCUGUAACUUGUCUUUAGCUCUCACUGUUUUGAAAGAAAACGUGAGGCUGUCCAUUCAAAACUUGCUGAUGCAGCUGUAUCUUACAUUUAUAGUUAAUGACGGGUUAUAAAACAAAUAACUUUUUCAAC